GGGAGGGGCGCGCCGGAACCGGAACCGAUCCGACGCCGGAACCGGAACCGAAAGCAGGUUGCCAGGGCCCGAAGAGGGCUGGCGGCGCGGAUCUCGCUCGGCUGCCGGUUCCUUGCUGGAGAAUUUGGCCACAAAGAGUUGCCAAGAUAGCUGGGCCAGGAAGGAAGCGCCGCAGCCCUGACCCAGACGCUGUUGCCGACCCUGGGGCACUCUGGCUGUCCACCAAGCGGCUCAAGAUGUCUGGCGGGGCUAAUGCCUCGGGCCCAAGGAGGGGGCCCCCAGGAUUGGAGGAGGCCACUAGUAAGAAGAAGCAAAAGGAUCGAGCAAACCAGGAGAGCAAAAACGGAGAUCCUAGGAGAGUGUCCACUCCUCAGGAGGAGCAGACCAAAGAGGAGGUGUUGUUAGCGUGGAGGCAGAGUGCAGAUGAGGUGAUUGUCAAGCUGCGCUUGGGAGCAGGCGCCCUCCAGCUGGAGGACGUGAACAGUGUCUUCACAGACACUCACUGUGCGGUGAGGCUUCCAGAUGGUCGGCAGUGGGGUGGUGUCUUCUAUGCCGAGAUCGAAAGUUCUUGUGUCAAAGAGCAGGCCCGCAAGGGUGGCCUCUUGCAGCUGGUGCUUCCCAAGAAGGUGCCUCUGCUCACAUGGCCUACCCUCCUGAAGAAACCUCUGGGGACCCAGGACCUGGCAUCUGGGCUGCGGUGCCAGGAGAAUGGGCAGGAGCUGUCUUCUGUUGCCCUGGAGCCUGGCCCCGAGCCCCGCAGGGCCAAGCAGGAGGCCCGGAACCAGAAGCGGGCCCAGGGCCGUGGCGAGGUGGGCUCAGGGGCUGGCCCCGGGACCCAGGCCGGGCCCAGCGCCAAGAGGGCUGUGCAUCUCCGCAGAGGGCCUGAGGGGGAAUCUCGGAAGGAUGGUCCUGGACCCCAGGGCGAUGCCCCACCCUUCCUGGUCGAGCCAGCCACCCAGGCUGGGGCUGAGGAACAGCUCCGAGUCCCACCAUUGAAACCCCAGGGCUCAGAGGAGAAUCGAGCCCCUCUGGUGGGAGAGAAGGCAGUAUCCCCCAGGAGUGGCCCACUCUCCCCAACAAUUACCCGGAGCAGAGACGCUGGGAAAGGUGACCAGUCCAAGGAAGAGGCGGCAGUGACAGCAGAUGCUGCAACCUUGGCAGAUGACCCCGAGUCCAUGGUGAGCCUGGCCUUUGUCAAGAAUGACUCGUAUGAAAAGGGGCCAGACUCCGUGGUGGUUCACGUGUAUGUGAAGGAGAUCUGCAGGGACAUGUCCCGCGUGCUUUUCCGUGAGCAGGACUUCACGCUCAUCUUCCAGACCAGGGAUGGAAACUUCCUGAGGCUGCACCCGGGCUGCGGGCCCCACACCAUCUUCCACUGGCAGGUGAAGCUCAGGAACCUGAUUGAGCCUGAGCAGUGCACCUUCUGUUUCACGGCCUCUCGCAUCGACAUCUGCCUCCGUAAGCGGCAGAGUCAGCGCUGGGGGGGCCUGGAGGCCCCAGCUGCACGAGGUGCAGUGGGUGGUGCAAAGGUUGCCAUGCCGACAGGUCCAACCCCUCUGGAUUCAACUCCUCCGGGCAGUGCCCCACACCCACUGACUGCCCAGGAGGAAGCCCGGGCUGUGGAGAAGGAGAAACCCCAGGCUCGCUCUGAGGACCCAGGGCUGGAUGGUGUGGCCGCUCGCACCCCCGUGGAGCAUGUUGCCCCCAAGCCUGAGCCACACUUGGCCUUGCCUAAGCCCACAUGCAUGGUGCCCCCCAUGCCACACAGCCCUGUGAGUGGGGACAGCGUGGAGGAAGAGGAGGAAGAAGAGAAGAAGGUGUGUUUGCCAGGCUUCACUGGCCUUGUCAAUCUAGGCAACACUUGCUUCAUGAACAGUGUCAUCCAGUCUCUGUCCAACACACGCGAGCUGCGGGACUUCUUCCAUGACCGCUCCUUUGAGGCCGAGAUCAAUUACAACAACCCCUUGGGGACCGGUGGGCGACUGGCCAUCGGCUUUGCUGUGCUGCUGCGGGCGCUGUGGAAGGGCACCCACCACGCCUUCCAGCCGUCCAAGCUGAAGGCCAUUGUGGCGAGCAAGGCCAGCCAGUUCACGGGCUAUGCGCAGCACGACGCCCAGGAGUUCAUGGCUUUCCUGCUCGAUGGGCUGCAUGAGGACCUGAACCGUAUCCAGAACAAGCCCUACACGGAGACCGUGGACUCAGAUGGGCGGCCUGAUGAGGUGGUGGCUGAGGAAGCGUGGCAGCGGCACAAGAUGAGGAACGACUCUUUCAUCGUGGACCUAUUCCAGGGCCAGUAUAAGUCGAAGCUGGUGUGCCCUGUGUGCACCAAGGUCUCCAUCACCUUUGAUCCAUUCCUCUACCUGCCGGUGCCCUUGCCCCAGAAGCAGAAGGUCCUCCCUGUCUUCUAUUUUGCGCGGGAGCCGCACUCCAAGCCCAUCAAGUUCCUGGUGAGUGUCAGCAAGGAGAACUCCAGUGCCAGCGAGGUGCUGGACUCCCUCUCUCAGAGCGUCCACGUGAAGCCUGAGAACCUGCGUCUGGCGGAGGUGAUUAAGAAUCGCUUCCACCGUGUGUUCCUGCCCUCCCACUCCUUGGACACCGUGUCCCCAUCUGAUGUCCUCCUCUGCUUUGAGCUUUUGUCCCAAGAAUUGGCGAAGGAGCGGGUGGUGGUGUUGCAGGUACAACAGCGCCCCCAGGUGCCCAGCAUCCCCAUCUCCAAGUGUGCGGCCUGCCAGCGGAAGCAGCCGUCGGAGGAUGAGAAGCUGAAGCGCUGUACCCGGUGCUACCGCGUUGGCUACUGUAACCAGCUCUGUCAGAAAACGCACUGGCCUGAUCACAAGGGCCUCUGCCGCCCUGAGAACAUUGGCUACCCCUUCCUGGUCAGUGUACCUGCCUCCCGCCUCACUUAUGCCCGCCUUGCUCAGCUGCUGGAGGGCUAUGCCCGAUACUCGGUGAGCGUGUUCCAGCCACCCUUCCAGCCUGGCCGCACAGCCUUGGAGUCCCAGGGCCCUGGCUGUACUUCACUGCUCUCUGCUAGCUCUCUGGAGGCUGGAGACAGUGAACAGGACCCUAGCCAACCUCCUGAGCUCCAGCUGGUGACCCCUGUGGCUGAAGGGGACACGGGGCCCCCCCGAGUGUGGUCAGCCCCCGAGCGGGGCCCCGUGCCCAGCACCAGUGGAGUUUCUCCAGAGAUGCUGGCCAGUGGGCCCCCUGAGGUUGGCUCCUUGUCCACUGGUGAGAGAAUAUCCCGACCCGAAGCUGCCAUCCCCGGCUACCAGCAUCCAAGCGAAGCCCUGAGCGUGCACACAUCCCAGUUCUUCAUCUACAAAAUUGAUGCAGCCAACCGAGAGCAGCGGCUCGAAGACAAAGGAGAGGCCCCAAUGGAGCUGGGCGAUGACUGCAGCCUGGCUCUGGUCUGGCGGAACAACGACCGCCUGCCUGAGUUUGUUCUAGUGGCCUCCAAGGAGCUGGAAUAUGCUGAGGACCCAGGCUCAGCCGGCGAGGCCGCCCGUGCUGGCCACUUCACCCUGGACCAGUGCUUGAACCUCUUCACGCGGCCCGAGGUGCUGGCACCCGAGGAGGCCUGGUACUGCCCGCAGUGCAAACAGCACCGCGAGGCCUCCAAGCAGCUGCUGCUGUGGCGCCUGCCGAACGUGCUCAUCGUGCAGCUCAAGCGCUUCUCCUUUCGCAGUUUCAUCUGGCGGGACAAGAUCAAUGACUUGGUGGAGUUCCCUGUUCGGAAUCUCGACCUGAGCAAGUUCUGCAUUGGCCAGAAGGAGGAGCAGCUGCCCAGCUACGACCUGUACGCCGUCAUCAACCACUACGGAGGCAUGAUUGGUGGCCACUACACGGCCUGUGCCCGCCUGCCCAGUGACCGCAGCAGCCAGCGCAGUGACGUGGGCUGGCGCUUGUUCGAUGACAGCACAGUGACGACUGUGGAUGAGAGCCAGGUUGUGACGCGCUAUGCCUAUGUGCUCUUCUACCGCCGGCGGAACUCUCCCGUGGAGAGACCCCCCCGGGCUGGCCACGCUGAGCACCACCCAGAUCUAGGCCCUACAGCCGAGGCUGCUGCCAGCCAGGGACUAGGCCCUGGCCAGGCCCCCGAGGUGGCCCCCCCGCGGACAGCCCCUGAGCGCUUCGCCCCCCCUGUGGACCGCCCAGCCCCCACCUACAGCAACAUGGAGGAGGUCGAUUAGUAGGUCCCUGGCAGGUGGGGGGACUGGGUUUGGGGAUCCCCCACAGAUGGCCAGCUCUUGACCGCUUCUCCGUUUCUAACCCAGAGGACCCUGGCUCCAUCAAAGGGGAGUUGGGGGCCAUGAUUUGGGGAUAGAGACCUCUCAGGUGGGGUCCUGUUGUCAGUUCGGCCCCCUGACCAGUGGGCCGUGACUUCUCCAGCUGCCUCCCAGUGCUGCGUGAUUUGAUUCUCACUUGUACCUUGAAUUCUUUCUGAUCUGCAUUAUAAACGUUAAUUUUAUUCUUAAAACUGUACUUUUUUUUUUGCAUUUUGGAAGUGAUUGCUGCUGUUUAAAUAUAUUUUAAAAAUAAAUAAUGAUAAGCGGACUUAGUGACUGGUGCACUGGGUGCCGUGGCCACCUC